AAAAACAUUAAAAAGGGAGGUUGUAUAAAAAUAAGACAAAAAAGACCACUAAGCAGACAAAAACAGACAAAAAAAAAGAGGCAACUUAAAAAUUAUAAUCUGGAAGCAAAAUGAGGUUUGAACACCAUUGUCAAUUUUAUAUCGUAUAUUAAAUAGUGUAUGGUUAAUGAUUCAAUUAUAGUGUGGAUAACUGAAUGGAUGUUGUGGGUGAAAUCAGGUUUAUAAAUAGCAAACACAAUUUGAUAACUUGUUCUUCUUUCUUCUUCUUCCUUCUUCUUCUUAUUCUUCUUCUCUUCUCCUCAUAUCAUAUCACAUCAUCCCAUCCGAUUUCACCACAUUGAUAUUGCUCACGUUCACAUCGUUACACAUCCAGCCACCAACCCACCAACUAAGCAUAUACUCUCAAGCGUAAGUUAUUAAGUUUCCUUCCCAUAUUUAUAAUUCAUAAUUACUUGUUAUUAUGUUUUCACGUAGUGGAACUCAUACUCCAGUCUUAUCCCCUAUGAACUCUAUUCAUCAAUCUCCUGGUACUCCGCACCCACUUUCUCAUUCCACUACUGUUGCUUCCACCAAUAAUCAUUAUCAUCCUCACCAUAAUCGUAAUUAUAAUCCUCGUCAUGAACCGGUAGAUGAUACCGUUACUUGGGUUAAAGAUUGGUAUUCCCCCACAUUAGUGUCAUCUCAAUCGAAAGAUGAUGAUUCAACUGCAAGUUUAGUUGAUUCUAUUAAAUUAAAAGGUUGGGUUAAAACCAAUUUAAAUCAUAAAUUAUUAAAUCAAUCAUCAUCAUCUUCAAAUAGUAAUGUCUAUAAUCCUAACGAUAUUUUGGAUUUAAAUCAAUGGAAAUAUUAUAAUGGAGUCCCUAUUACGGAUCAUUCCAGAAAAUCAUCCAUAGUUGAUAGAGUCUUGGAUAAUGAUGAUGAUGAAGAGGAUGAUGAAGGCAGUAAUGCCAAUAAUAAUGAUGAAGAUAUAGAAGAUGAUGAAGAUGAUACCAUGAGUUUCAUGGAAACGGAUAAUUACAUUGCUACUUCUAAAGAAUUGAAAUCAGCCAUCAGUUUUAAAAAUGAUGAAGGUCAUAUAUCAGGGUUAUAAUUAUAGUUCUACUUUUUUAUAUUUAAUGAUUGUUUAAUGAAUGUUUUUUAGGUCUUACGUUUUAUUUCAAUGGUGAAUACAUUUUGUA